GCAAAGGCUCCACGUGACAUCCUCAGUAAACAAGUAAACAAGUCAGUCCGAGAGUCACAGAAGAAUUCAUUGUACAACUUUAUAACUGUGUGCUCGAUAUUCUACAACUAGUUAGUGAUGGGUACCUCUGCUAGCAGGAACCAAGUGUCCACCACCAGGAGGUCGGGACAAACCAACAGUUACAAACAUCCUCCAGAAGAUGGUGGCCACUAUUUCUCAUCGCAUUAUUAUCUUGGCCACCGCAAGUUUGCAAGUGGAGAACCGGAGUUGUUCCUGUUUGGAGACCUUCCUGAUCUCAACUACCUCCCCUCUAAACCCACCACUUUCCCCUACAAGCAGCCUGGUAAGAGUCAGCCAGUGGCUUGUCUGAGGAGUCUCAUUAACCUGCAGAGGGAGAGUAUCAAGUUAGUCAGGACUGAGGGUCAGUAUACACUCCAGUUCAUGUUUGAUUGUGAUGUGGACUGUUCCUUCACUGUCAUGCAAGGCUUGCCUGACAGUGUUACCCUCUCACAGCUCAACAAGGAUCUCAACGUUUCUGACGAAGAUGUAAUAAUUUCCCGAACUUUUCGUUAUUCCUCUGGCUCUGACCAACAGUUCCAACAGAGUGAUUAUAUAGUGACACCAUCGGAUAUGGACUCGGACAAGUUGACCUAUGACCCUGAGAAUGAUCAACACAGAUUUCCACUUGUUAUUCUAAUGCAGACGACCUCUGACCUCAACAAUGUGCAGCAGGCUCAGUUGACCAUGUGCAGUAUCGAGCAGGCCAACAGUUCCAACAACUACUCUCUCAAAGUACUCAAGCAGAAGUUACUAGUGGACGGUGUGGAGUACUUGCUUCAAGAGGUGUAUGGACUGGAGAACAAAGCUAAGGAAGAUGGAGAUGACAGUGACUCUGAUAUUGAGGAGGAUUUGGGUGCAGAGUGCGUCAUCUGUAUCACUGACACACGAGACACCAUCUUGUUGCCAUGCCGACAUCUCUGUCUGUGUAACAGCUGUGCGGCUAACCUGCGCUACCAGUCAAGCAACUGCCCCAUCUGCAGAGCACCAUUCAGAGCUCUGCUGCAGAUACAAGCAUUAGAGCCAUUGGACCCUGACCUCCCGCUGGAUGAUGAUGAAGCUACUGGAAACCCUAAGUACUCCACUCCUGGGUUCCAGUGUGUGCCACUCUUGCAAGCACUCAAUGGCUACCAGCUAGAGGACAAGAUAGAUACUGGCCCUGAGUUACAGCAAGUGGCUGAUGAGAAUGAGGAGCCACAAACAUCUCUACAACAUCAGAUAAGAGAGGAUGUGUGUGUAGUGCCUAUAGAGGACGAAGUGUUAUCAACAGACAACGUGUCCCCAACACCUGAACAACCACCCACCACUGUAACUAUGACAACAGAUAAGCCAUCUGGAGGGCCAGUCAAGAUGCUCGAGGUCAAUCUACCAGGCACUCCAGUCAAUGAUCAUACUGUCAUCUCAUUGGACGCUGCUGAUUCGUCCCAUUGUGGCUCCAGUGUCAGCUCAGAUGGGUCAAUCAAGUCAUCAGACAUGCUACUACCAGCUGCUGCUAAAAACUAAACUAUCGCUGAAUGAACACUUUUUUUAACGUUUAAUGAUAUUGUUGUGCAAAAAUUAAUAUAAUGAUACUCAUCGGAUCUUAAAACUA